AUGGCCCAGAGCUCCCACCAAGAUAGUAUCGCUAGACACGAAGUCGAUAUACUUCAAGAGAGGACUGCAAAGUUCCUAGGAAAGGCAAGAGUCUUGCUUGAUUCUCUACAGUUUCCGAAACAAGUGUUGGUCGAUCUACAACGACACAAUGUCGACCGGCUGAAGCGGGUGUUUGAGCUAGAAGGCUGCCGACGUCUAGAACCUGAUCGUCAUAUUCCAGCACUUAUCGACGCAAAGGACCUUCAAAGUGCACUUGAAUACACCGCAACCGACCAUGUCACAUCAGAAACUCUGCUCGAUAAUCCAGACGCACUACCUCCCCUCUUGAAACUGCCAUCGCAUCUCUCCAUAGAAUGCUUGCGAGGAAAGCAUCGUGUUACCGCAGCCAAAGAGACGUCAGUGCUAGAAGCGACUGAUAGGUGGUGGAUCGUUGACCUGUACUCUGCUGGUAGGUUCAUGUCGCUGCCAGCCGUAAGAGGACUCACUUGUAUAGAUCUAGGCGCGGAAGGCCAACGUGAGUUGGUCGAACAGUAUUGCAACUCGCAUAACUUCACAGACGGCUCGGUUUACAUCAGGAUUCUACGCUACCGAGCUAGUCGACAGGAGCUCGCCGAGAAGCAGUGGUGGGCACGAUUGACGAAGAGCAAAAGAAACAUACUGAAACGCUUCCUCCGACACCCGAAACUGGCGAGUGGCUUUGCAAAGUUAUGCAAAUUCGAAGCUCUACUAGUCCACGGAUUCAGGAUAGGAACCCUUUUAGAGAUCAUGAGCAGUAGGCUAGAUGAGGAAAUAUUGUGCUAUCUGAACCACAUAUCCGCUAUAUGGUCGGCUAUCAUAGGUGGAGAUUCAGAGCAUAGGCACGCAUUGGACAGUCAAACUGUGGCAAGCCUCCAGUCAAAAGCACCUGGCGUUUAUUCUAGCGAAUACUCAGCUUUGAGGCAGGAUAUCGAGCAAGGCACGAUAUUCUCCCUAUUGAAGCGGAGUAAAAAUCAAGCCAAGAUCUUGCAGAACCUUAUCACGAUAAUGUACCCAAUCCCCACGCUCGUUACGCUUCGAAAAGAUCUCAGGUACCUUGAUGCCUGUGCUCGUGCGGUCAGACAAGCAGUCCUAGGACCAAAGACUCAGCUACAAUCGAGUUUCUCAGAAGCAGUUCGGAAGUGCUUUACCAAUGUCAAUCAAAAAGACGGCUACUUCUGUCUUCAACUGAGAGAUUCGAGUCUGAUAUACUGUAAAUCUUCAGAGAGCUAUGGCCCGUUCGAGACCGGCUACCGCCAGCUUCAUCUAUACGCGAUGCGUAAUAUUCUGCACCUGAACUCGGGCCUUCCUAGACAGCACAGGAGGUGUGCUAAACAAAGACGCGAGCAAGACCCAUUUGCGUGGGUAGCGUUUGGCGAGCUAGCUUUCCAGCUCGGAUUCGACUCCGAGGAGAUCCAGAGGCUGCGAGCGCGGAACUUCCAGCGCGAACUGGUCGCUGCUAUGCUUCCCAGUAGUCAAUACGAAAAUCUGGAGUCCGUCAUUGAUGACAUCUUGCAGCGACUGAGGUCAGCGAAACGGAAAGCACCCUCUCCUGUUGAAGAGAUAUCAACUAAUGCACAUGACUCGGUCGAAGAUCCAACUUUUCGCUGUGGCUGGAUCACAGAGACCGAUUAUGAAGCCACUCGGCAACAUCUUUACUUGAACAUACUGGCUAGCGAUGUUCCUGCACCCCAGGGUGCUAUUUCCAGUCUCCAGGUUCGGAAACGAGUCUACGAGUUGUUUUUUGGUACGCUCGACGUAGCACCUUGCUUCAGCCACGAGGCACAGGACGAUAGCGCAAUUGGCGCAGUAAGCAUAGCACAGUCAGUGUACGACCCGAAUAAGCGACGUAAGCUGUCUUCGGGCCUUGCUCAAUCUGCUUCGUUGCCAGAUUCCCAAGUUCCCCCAGCCCCAGAGCUUGUCGGGGGACAACGAGAUACCAUUUCUCAAUCCAUAGACCUGGCGGUACGUAACGACCGAGAAUCCACGCUAGAUCCAAAAAGCCGGUCAAUCGAGAAUGGCGCCCAGCAAGGCAGAUUCCUACCACAAAAGGCCCAUGCGACCAGCCAGCGAACAGUAGAGGUGUGUGUGUUCAAUGACUCAAAAUGGAAUCGAAAGCGGACAGAACUAGGCAGAUCAGAAUUAGAAGCUUUCGUGACGACUCUCCUUGACUCGGAUGGAGAUGUGCAUCUCUACGAUGCGGAUGGCUAUGGCCUGACUGUUGGAAACUGCUUUGACAGCGCGAGCCGCCAUUCUGACAAGACUGUGUAUGUAGCGUCCAGAAAUCUGGACCGCCAUCUCUUGCCCCGCUACCAUGUGAUUGACGAGAAUGAGGAGCUGUGAGGGCCUGCGAGAAUGCGAUUUACAACCAAACGAAAAGAAGGAAUACACGCGGUGUCAGGGCG